AAAUAUUGAAGAUGGAACUUUGGCAUUUUUGUGCGAAACAAUAAUGUCGUCGAACAACAUAGCUCUGAAUAUUUGUACAGAAUCUGUCUCAACAUCCGAUUCAUUACCGAUUACCACUCUUCAGACAAAUAUGGAAAGUGUGUCACAGAAUCACGUAAAUCUCUCUGAAGAAAGUGCACUGAAGGGAAAUCUUAUAGAAGAAAAUGAAAGUUCUAUAAAUAAUAAUAAUAAAGCACAGAAACUGAAAGAUUUAACUACAAAAAAGCAAGAGACGCAAGAUUCAGUAACAUCACAAGUAUUACCGGCCUUAGAGAAUGAUGCAGAAGAACAGCAACAACUUACUUUUAGCAUUCCUUUUAACAAUACAUCCUCGUUAGAAAUGACAAAUCAGCCACUCUUAUCUCAUCAGGUGAUAGUCGAGGGAUUAAAGGGAACGCAAGUGCUUUCGAAUCUGGGAAGCGUAAUCGUGAUACAUUCGCCAUUAAAAGUGAUCUCAAGUAAUGGGAAUGGCAUUGGUUCUGGAGAUUCCAUCAAGCAGCAGAUCAUAACGCUGCAAACCCAUCCAAUCACAGAUUCUCAUUUGUCACAAUAGUAAAUGUGUUUUUUAUAUCCAGAUUAGGAAACCUCUGGUUUUUACUUUCCCGGCUGUUAUGUAUACAUAAUGAGGGAAAGUAUUGAAAUUGUGUCAAAUUUGACCCUUGGAGCUUUUUGCAAAUCUCCACAUUUUGACCCCUCCCAAGUCCAAGUAAAAAGAAAAGGCCAAAAAAAAAUUUGGUGU